GGUGAAGCUGUGUGUGGAAACAAUGGCGGAAGAUCUGGUGCUGGACACGGCCAUCAGAGAUUGGGUGCUUAUACCACUGUCGGUGGUGAUGGUUCUCAUCGGGGUGCUCCGCUAUUUCGUCUCCAAGCUCAUGCGAUCCUCUCAAGUGCCCGAUUCCAAAAUCGUUAGAGAAGGGCAGGUGAUUGUUAGGGCUCGAAACUUGCGGGCGGCGGCGAAUUACAUUCCGGCCAAGUCGUUUCGUGCUAGGAAAGUUUACUUCAAUAACGAGGAAAAUGGAUUACUGCAUGUUCCUAAGGGUCAGGCGCAAAAUGCUCAGGCACAAAUGUUCUCUGAUCCAAACAUGGCUAUGGAUAUGAUGAAGAAGAACCUUUCAAUGAUCAUACCCCAGACUCUUACUUUUGCUUGGGUUAACUUUUUCUUCUCUGGAUUUGUAGCAGCCAAGAUACCUUUCCCCUUGACUCAGAGGUUUCGCUCCAUGUUACAAAAUGGAAUUGAUUUGAGCACUGUAGAUGUUAGCUAUGUCAGCAGUCGCUCCUGGUACUUCCUCAACCUGUUCGGAUUAAGGGGUUUAUUUAGUCUCAUUCUGGGAGAAGAAAAUGCCACAGAUGAUACCCAGCGUAUGAUGCAAAUGAGUGGGUUCGGCGUUGAUCCUACAAAGAGCUUGGGUGCUGAGAAAGACAGUCUCGACAUAGUUCAGCAUGAAUGGGCCCUACCCAAAUUCGAGCAGCGAGCUGAAGCAGUGUUGAGAAAACUCGUCAGCUGAAAUAUAUUUUACUGCAUGGAAUUGGCUACUCCAUAGAUAGGGUUCAAGCACUGCCUGGUUCUCUUUAUGUUUUCUGCUUAACUGAAACUUUCGAGUCAGCUAUCAUCAUAUUCACCCCAGAUUUCAACUCUUUAUCAUUGAAAACUGGUGAAAUCACCUUUAUAGUAUUCACCUUAAUUGCAGUCUCACAGUUAAUUUGUGUAUCAGAGAAAUUUUCAACAUUUUCCAGUUUUAAUAACUAUUUUAUCUUCGGAAAA